AUGGUCCAGGACCAGAGUGAGCUGAGUCUAAUGGUCCAGGACCAGAGUGAGCUGAGUCUAAUGGUCCAGGACCAGAGUGAGCUGAGUCUAAUGGUCCAGGACCAGAGUGAGCUGAGUCUAAUGGUCCAGGACCAGAGUGAGCUGAGUCUAAUGGUCCAGGACCAGAGUGAGCUGAGUCUAAUGGUCCAGGACCAGAGUGAGCUGAGUCUAAUGGUCCAGGACCAGAGUGAGCUGAGUCUAAUGGUCCAGGACCAGAGGUGGUACUGCAAGUCAGCGCACGUGCUCAUGGACCGAGACCAGGGCGGGUCUUACCUGAACAUGUCUCCCAGGCCUUUGAGGACCCCCUUCUUGGGUUUCUUCUCCUCGCUCUUCUUCUUCUUGCUGGUGCUGGUGUUGUUGCUGGUGCUGGUGUUGAUGGUCUGCCCCUCGUCUCUGGAGGCGCUGCUCAGGAAAGGAUCUUUAUGGUUAUGGUGUUGGAUAAAUGUGGUUCUGAAUGUGGUUCUGAAUGUGGUUCUGAAUGUGGUUCUGAAUGUGGUUCUGAAUGUGAAUGUGGUUCUGAAUGUGGUUCUGAAUGUGGUUCUAAAUGUGGUUCUAAAUGUGGUUCUGAAUGUGGUUCUAAAUGUGGUUCUGAAUGUGGUUCUGAAUGUGGUUCUGAAUGUGAAUGUGGUUCUGAAUGUGAAUGUGGUUCUGAAUGUGGUUCUGAAUGUGGUUCUAAAUGUGGUUCUAAAUGUGGUUCUGAAUGUGGUUCUAAAUGUGGUUCUGAAUGUGGUUCUGAAUGUGGUUCUGAAUGUGAAUGUGGUUCUGAAUGUGGUUCUGAAUGUGGUUCUAAAUGUGGUUCUGAAUGUGGUUCUGAAUGUGGUUCUGAAUGUGGUUCUAAAUGUGGUUCUGAAUGUGGUUCUGAAUGUGGUUCUGAAUGUGAAUGUGGUUCUGAAUGUGGUUCUGAAUGUGGUUCUAAAUGUGGUUCUGAAUGUGGUUCUGAAUGUGAAUGUGGUUCUAAAUGUGGUUCUGAAUGUGGUUCUAAAUGUGGUUCUGAAUGUGGUUCUGAAUGUGGUUCUGAAUGUGAAUGUGGUUCUGAAUGUGGUUCUAAAUGUGGUUCUAAAUGUGGUUCUGAAUGUGGUUCUAAAUGUGGUUCUGAAUGUGGUUCUGAAUGUGGUUCUGAAUGUGAAUGUGGUUCUGAAUGUGGUUCUAAAUGUGGUUCUAAAUGUGGUUCUGAAUGUGGUUCUGAAUGUGGUUCUGAAUGUGGUUCUAAAUGUGGUUCUGAAUGUGGUUCUGAAUGUGGUUCUAAAUGUGGUUCUGAAUGUGGUUCUAAAUGUGGUUCUGAAUGUGGUUCUGAAUGUGAAUGUGGUUCUGAAUGUGGUUCUGAAUGUGGUUCUAAAUGUGGUUCUGAAUGUGGUUCUGAAUGUCAAUGUGGUUCUAAAUGUGGUUCUGAAUGUGGUUCUAAAUUUGGUUCUGAAUGUGGUUCUGAAUGUGAAUGUGGUUCUGAAUGUGGUUCUAAAUGUGGUUCUGAAUGUGAAUGUGGUUCUGAAUGUGGUUCUGAAUGUGAAUGUGGUUCUGAAUGUGAAUGUGGUUCUGAAUGUGGUUCUGAAUGUGGUUCUAAAUGUGGUUCUGAAUGUGGUUCUGAAUGUGAAUGUGGUUCUAAAUGUGGUUCUGAAUGUGGUUCUAAAUGUGGUUCUGAAUGUGGUUCUGAAUGUGGUUCUGAAUGUGGUUCUGAAUGUGAAUGUGGUUCUGAAUGUGGUUCUAAAUGUGGUUCUGAAUGUGAAUGUGGUUCUGAAUGUGGUUCUGAAUGUGAAUGUGGUUCUGAAUGUGGUUCUAAAUGUGCCGUGGCAGCUGGAGCAGAACGAUAUCUGGAGGCGACACAUUUGA